AUGAAGACGGAUAAAGACAUCAGAGUGGAAGUUCUUAGCGACGAAGAAGCUUGGAUGUUGUUUUGCCAAAACGCAGGAGACAUGACUGAUUUGGAUAGGGUAGGAGAUCUUGCAAGAGCUGUUGCUAGAGAAUGUAGCGGUCUGUCAUUGGCAAUCAUCACCGUAGGGAGGGCUAUGAGGGGGAAGACGAGGAUCGAGUUGUGGAAGCAUGCUUUGGAAGAACUGCGAAGCUCAGUCCCAGACAUCAGAGGGAUAGAAAAGGGAUUAAUCGAUGAGAGGCAGAAUUUCGAAUCAGCAUCAUAUAGGGGAAUUGCCUUGAUUGAAAAUCUCAAGGACUCAUGCCUCUUGGACAAAGGCGCACACGAGAGGACAGUAAAGAUGCAUGAUGUUGUCUGCGAUGUUGCCAUCUGGAUAGCAUCCUCGCUCGAAGAUGGAAGCAGGUUCUUUAUUGAAUCCGGUAUGGGAUUGAAUCAGCUGCCAGAGGAAGAGUUACCACCAAAGGGACAACUCACGGAACUCCAAACACUUGAUCUCUCUGGCACCCAAAUCAGCGAACUGCCUAGUGAGAUAGGACAAUUGGAUAAACUAAAGCAAUUGUAUCUACCUCGCACGCUCAAUUUAGAAAGUAUUAAGGCCAGUACAGUAUCAAGGCUGUCCAGUUUGGAGGUAUUUGACGUGUCUUUGAGUGCUUACACCUGGGAUGUCGAACAGAAGGCUGAUGAGGGAAGAUCGACGAUUGAGGAACUGCCGUCUCUCAGGUUCUUGUCUGUUCUUUACAUCAGGAUACACAGCAUUGCUUGUCUUGCCUUAGAUUUCAGUUGGUUGAAACGGUUGAGAAGAUUCCACCUGGAAAACCUUGAAGAGAUCAAGGUAAGAUCCUGUUAUAACAUGCGGGCGAUAUUCGAAGAAAAGGAGGAGGCUGAAGUAACAAAACUUAAUGGAGAAAGCCUUGGGAAAUUAAGAACCAUAAAAGUGGACGAUUGUGAGCUGUUGACAAGUCUCAUCUCCUAUAAUCUUCUUCAUCAAUUAAAGAACCUUGAAGAGAUCGAGGUAAGAAACUGUUCUCAGAUGGAGGAGAUAAUCACAACCAAGGAGGUAGCGGAUGGACAAGCAUCAGAUAUCAUCAGGGAAGAGGGAAAUGCAAUUCCAAGGCUAGGGAUUUUGAAACUCUUUAGCCUUAAAGAAUUAAUUCAUGUUUGCAAGGAGGCAUUGCACUGGCAGCAUAUUGAAGUGAGUGAUUGCCCAAUGUUACAAAAGGAUUCUCAGUUUGUCGCUCGUCCCAGGUUCUUGGAAGAUCUUCACAGGCUCUCAAUUCCAAAUGGGGAAUGA